CAUUGGCUCCGCGGGCCGGGGCGGGGCUGCGGGGUCCGCGGUGCGUUCAGUAAGUUCACCGCCGGUCGGGUUCCGCAGCCGCGCCGUCCAGCUCCUGAGACCUUGCUGUCCGCCGGUCCGCCGUCUGCUUGCCUCACGCUCCUCAGCCCUGGACCGGGGACGAGUAACCCUCGGUGACAAGACCAAAGUGCACUGCUGCCCACACAGCUCCUACCUUUCUGGCUUCAAUUCUUCAGAACAGUUUGCCAUCCUUUGGGGAGAACGUGAUUUUUGUUAUCUCAGCCCUCUGACUUCAUUGAUCUCUAAUCUUUUUUAAUUCCUUGGGCCAACUUUGGUCGUGCCCCACCCUGUAGCCAGGAGCCCUUUGGUGAGCUUUGGGCACCUGCAAACCACCUCUUGGAACGGGUGCUUCCUCUGGCUGAGCGUUUGAGAGGAGGCGUGGUCUCAGCAGGCAGCCUGUAGCCUCACAGCCAGGCCUGGCGGUGAGGUCACCAUGUCCACCAAGGUGCCCAUCUAUCUGAAGCGUGGCAGUCGCAAGGGCAAGAAGGAGAAGCUUCGGGACCUGCUGUCCUCGGACAUGAUCAGCCCGCCGCUGGGGGACUUCCGCCACACCAUUCAUAUCGGCAGUGGUGGCGGCAGCGACAUGUUUGGUGACAUCUCCUUCCUGCAGGGCAAGUUCCACCUCCUGCCGGGGACCGUGGUGGAGGGGCCUGAGGAGGAUGGCACCUUCGACCUCCCCUUCCAGUUUACCCGCACCGCAACUGUGUGUGGGCGGGAGCUCCCGGACGGCCCAUCACCUCUGCUUAAGAACGCCAUCUCCCUCCCCGUUAUCGGUGGACCCCAGGCUCUCACCCUGCCCACAGCCCAGGCUCCACCCAAGCCCCCUCGCCUGCACCUGGAGACCCCUCAGCCUUCCCCACAGGAGGGAGGGAGUGUGGACAUCUGGAGGAUUCCAGAGACUGGCUCCCCCCACAGUGGGUUGACCCCGGAGUCAGGGGCUGAGGAGCCCUUCCUGUCCCAUGCCAGCUCCCUACUGUCCCUGCAUGUGGACCUGGGGCCCUCCAUCCUGGACGAUGUCCUGCAGAUCAUGGAUCAGGACCUGGACAGCAUGCAGAUCCCCACAUAGGACCCGAGGCUGACUAGGCUGGGGGCCCAGGUGGGGCCCAGCCAGGAGGUGGGGUAUGGACAUGGCCCUGGCGGUGGAGUCAGGGUCCCAAGGUCCCACUGUGUCGUCGCUGGCCAGUGAUUCUCCUUCUGAGCCAUGUUUCCCCUUUCCCUCCCUCUCCACGUGGGCAGGGCAGGCCCCAUCGCUUUCCUCUAGUAACCACAUGGACACGUCCUGAAGUUAGCCCAGGGCGCCCUGAGCGUCUUGGGGCACCUGGACCCCACCACAAUACUCCUUCUUCCCUCAGGUCCCUGGGUGAAGGCUUUGCUGAAACCGACCCCCAUUUUCACCUCCCUUCUGCCUCAGCCCCGUUGGAUGCCCUGACUGGGGGCAGGGGAAGACACAGGGCACAGCUGGCCACAGGGCUCGGCCACUGGGCAAGCUGUUCCAGGCCUUUGGCUUUGCAUCCUGGACAGGGAGUGUCCUGUCAGGGACCAGAUGCGUCCUGCCUCAUCCCCGGCUCCAUCCCUUCCCCACGUGACCGGGGAUUCUGGUUGCAAUAAAACACGCUGCUGCUGGUGGCUGAGCUCCCUGUCCCCUUGCCCCAGGUUUCCUCGUGGAGGUAGGCAGUCUCCUAGAGCUGAGGGCUUACCUCUGGAGACCCCAGCCCCAGAGGGCUUUGUGGAGGACAGGCCUUGCCUUCAGGAAGGUCAUACCUGACGCUGAGCCUGUUGUGAGAAUGCAACAGGAGCAAACCAAGUGUUGCUGUGGAUAUUCCAACAUUGAUUCAGAUGUUUGGCAAGAGGUGGCUGAGCACUCGGGUAGGCUCAGCACUGUGCCAAGCCUGGGGCCAAUCCCUGCCCAGUCAGCUGAGGUCUGGUGGGGGACACCCAAGAAUAAAAGAAUAACCACAAAGUG